AUGCGCGCGGAGUGGGCGCGGUUCCUCGAGCAACGCGUGGAGCUUUACGGGAAACAGGAGCAUCCCCACGAGGAUGAUCUCCGCGUGGCAGUCGACAUGAUCUCGAUUCUUCUUCGAGGCCCCGCUCCGCAGACCUGCCCGGCCCUUCCAAGCAUCGCUCUUCUGCUUAAAUGUAUGGCGGAGGGUGAGAUGCUUGACUGGAUCGAGCGCGAAGCCCUCUUGGAGUCCCUUUUUCAGCUCCUCAAGGACGAACUCCUCCUGCGGAAACAGCCGAAGACUCUUCUUAGCAUCGUCGAAGCAUUUCAAAGCGUUAUCGCUGCUGAUAGCAAGGAAAGUGAAGCGAGGAUCCUGCCAGAGGGUGUCCAACAGGGCGCCGUAACGAGCAUCUCCUCCAGGCUCGUAGUGUUGGGCAUCACCCCCGUCUUGAAUACACUUAUACAGCGCUUGAUUGAUCUUAAGGUCAAUGUGGAGUCGAAGGCCGAGGUUGAGGUAGUGCGGCUUGCUAUCAUACGCACUGUGUGCGGUGUUUACCGUAAUCUAACUACAGACUAUAUCUAUCAUCUUCGUGAGGUUGGGACGGUGGAGUUGCUUUUGAAGGUUUUGGAGACUACAGCCACUCAUUCCGGCGUCGUGGUGGCUGCUUCCCGGGUUUUGGUGAAGUUUGUUUUCAACGCGGACUGCUUACAGGGACUUCGGAAAAAUAAUCACGUGAUCUCGGCGGCUGCCACCGCGCUGGCGCACCAAAUUCGUCUUCACCCAUCAGGGCAGACGGGCCUCGCGGAGGAUCAUGAGCGGGGUGAGGAAAAUGAAGCGUCUUACCUGCUUCUUUUAGUAUCUCGUCUAUGCAGCGUCAUUGGGUUAGUUGUUCAGGGAUCGGCCUCGAAUCGAGAGUACUUUGUGCAGAACUAUGCAAGUUUGCUGACGAAGCUUGUAAGCCGAUUUAUGGAGGAUUUGCCACCACUGAGCGGCGGCACGGGGGAGGAGCAGGGUGAGAUGACGGUUGUGCAGGGCGUAGUAUGGAUGGUUGGGUUGGCGGCCACGAGCCCAGACUGCGAUAUAGGGUUCAUCAUGCGGGUUGCCACCAUGCUUGUGCGAUAUCUGAAGGAUCUAGAGUUCACACCGGGAACACGACUCAACGCCAUUUAUACGCUUAUGUGCAUCAGCAACCUAUCCUGCCAUUUCCACCGAAUGGAAGAUGAGAAUCAAAGCAGUGACGCGCUUCUCGAGCUUUUCAACACUUUAGGCCCCGUUUUGGCGGGGUUCCUCUUCGAUAGUGAUGCCGAAGCCACCCUCGAGGCCACCCGAGUGUUGGGCAACGUAUCGUACACCAGCGCAGGUCGUGAUUGGAUGGAAGCUAACCGCUGCGAUGAGGUGGUAGUGAUUUUUGCCGGACAUGAGGACCUACGAAUUGUGUACAACUGCUUCGGGAUACUUCUCAACCUCACUGCGGCCACGCACUGCCGCGUCGUUGAUGACCCUCAACUUCUCAAAAUGCUAUUACAGCAUACCGAUCGCUAUACCAACCGGGAUAGUAUCAACAAGGCUUCUGUGAAGGAAAGCAGGCGUCUAAGUCAGCUGCAGGGCUCCGGGGGUGAGGUUCAUGCGAUUAACAGCUUUUCAUCACUAUCCAUAUCCAAUUUGCGAGAUGCCAGCUCUUCCACCACUUCUAUAGAUGCGGCAGAGGCCUUGGCAAGCGAUUACGCAGAGCAGACGGCGGGCUUGGUGGAGAAAUUGCUCAUGAAUGUUAAAGGUUUGUUGGUGUACGCCUCACACGAAGAGGCUGAGGAGUCUGAGACGGAGUCGUGA